CCCUUCUUCUCGAUACCAAUCUAUUUUUUUAUUUUAUCUUUUUUCUUUUAUCAAGAACAAGAACAUCGAUAUCAAUUAUCAUCAUCAUGGCCUCCAACAACCCCUUCUCCGCUUCGGUCCUCCCUGUCGGUACUCAGAAUCCGGGUGACAACGUCGCAAAGCCCUUGGCUGUUCCUCCCGGUAGUGCUCCCGAGAGCACUCCUAACAACUCAGAGAACUUGAAGCAUGGUACCAACAAGAUGAUUGUUGUCUUCAAGCCCGAGACUCCUCAUGAAGAGGUUGACAAAGCUGAGGAGGACAUUCGCUCUCAGGGUGGUAAAGUCACUCAGAGCUACAGGUCUGCCUUGUUAGGCUUUGCUGCUGAAAUGCCCGACUUCCAGGUCCAAACAUUGACGACCAAUCCUAACCUUCACUAUAUGGAGCCUGAUGGUGAAGUCACUGCCUAUGCUCAGUCACUUAUUAGCAAGUAAAAAAAAAAAAAAAAAAAAAAGAAAA